AUGGUCAGGAAAGUUGCAUCUUCAACAAUACUUUAUGAGUCAAAAUUGCUUUCAAUAAUUAUAUAUUCUGAUGCCACUAAUUGUGAUAAUCUUGGUAAAACUAUGAAACAUCUCAUAUAUAUUACUUUAGGAAAUAUACUAAAAAGUUCAGCAGUGUUCAAAUCUGCACAAAGAUUGGCAUUUAUGAAAUCAUUGAAGAUAUUAUUUGAUCCAAUCUAUAAACAGUAUGAAGAUGGAACUAUUCUUGAAAUUAAUAAAAGCUAUAUCUGGUGUGUAUUGAAGCUAUCUUUUAUCAUAUCAGAUUUACCAGAGGCAUCAGCAUUUUGCACAACUUAUAAAUCUUACAAUUCGAAAUUACCUUAUCAUACUUGUUUAGUUGAAAAAGAAAAUUUAAACAAUAUGAAUCUAUCCUCAGAAAAUAUUUUAUUACAAACACCAGAUCACAUGAAACAAAAUAUGAUACAAGUUUGUACAUUUGUUAUUGAUAAUCUUAUAGAUGAUAGUGAUAGCAAAAUUUUGAAAGAUUUGAAUACAGUCAAAGGUGCUUUUGCAAGAUUCGCUGGCAGUAAUGAAGCCAAAGGUAUAGUUACCUUUGUUGAGGACGUUGGCGCUAAACCCUGA